AUGGCCAAGCACAAAAAGCAGAAGCGCAUGGUUGCUACCCAAGGCGGGUCUAAGCGUCCUCCUGCGCAGAAGCCAUCCAAUUCAAAGCCGAACCAACCUGCUCCCAAAGCCUCAAAGCCGGCACCUACGAUUCCGUUUGAAGCCACGGACCAUAUACUUCUGAUCGGCGAAGGCGACUUCUCUUUUGCGGCCUCCGUCGUCGAGCAUCAUGGUGCUUGCGAUCUUACUGCCACCUGCUACGACUCUCAGUCCACUCUCUUUGAGAAAUAUGAUCCGCAAGCCGAGAAACACACCACUUUUAUCACCGAAGAAGGCCAGAUCGUGCUUUAUAACAUUGAUGCUACAAAGUUACCAAAGUACAAAUCACUGACACGAGCUCCGGGUGGGUUGUGGGAUGUCAUCAUUUUCAACUUCCCUCAUGUGGGCGGGAAGUCCACAGAUGUCAAUCGCCAAGUUCGAUUCAACCAGGAGCUGCUUGUUUCGUUCUUCAAGGGAGCCAUGGAGCUGGUGAAGCAGGACGGGAGAAUUGUAGUGACAUUGUUUGAGGGCGAACCAUACACGUUAUGGAACAUUCGCGAUUUGGCACRACAUGUAGGGCUGGAAAUGGUGAGGAGUUUUGCAUUUCAGUGGGCGGCUUAUCCUGGGUACAAGCAUGCUAGAACUCUGGGCAAUGUGGAAGGUGGCGGAGGAUGGAAGGGUGAGGAGCGAGAGGCCAGGAGUUAUGUUCUGAGGAGAAGAGACGCGGAGGGUCCGAUACCGCAGAGACCGCACGCCAGGAUCGCUGCGGCCGCUUCGGGUGUGAAGAGGGGCCGGGAAAGUGAAAGCGGAAGCGAGGAUGAAGACGGUUGA